AGUGUUACACCCCGAGAAUCUCGGGCAGCCUUCUGUUCAUAACAUCACAUCUUCCUUCUCAUUCUCUUUCCCUUCCCCCCACUAAACCCACGACCCCACCAUGUGCUUCUUCUUCUCCUUCUCCUCCUUCUCUCCUAUUCUCUCUCCUCACCUCUCUCCAUUCCACCCUUCUCUUUGCUAAUGGAAGAGACCACCAUCACCGACCUGCACCUCCAUAAUCCACCGCCUAUGGAUGGCGAGCUGGUGGAGAAUCUCCACCUUGUAAUAUCCGACGUCGUAAGAAUCUCCGGCAACGGCGGUUUCACCGAUUUGUUUAAAAAGGAUUGCACUGAUCUAGGCCGUCGGAUUUCUUUAUUAUCCCAUUUGGUAGAGGAGAUCCGUGAUUCCUCUUCUCUUUCCUUAUUCUCAUUAUCUUCUUCCUCCUCCACAUCUUCUUCUUCGUCUUGUUUCUUCGAUUUGUUUAUCUCUCUUCAGGAUUCUAGAAGACUCCUUUUGGCUGCUUCCACCUUCGAUCCCAAUGAAGACGGUGCCACCAAGAGAGUUGCGUUUCAGUUUCAAUGUGUUACGUGGAAACUGGAGAAAGCGUUAGCAAACAUUCCUUAUCAACAGUUUGGUGUCUCAGAGGAGGUUCAGGAGCAGGUUGAAUUGGUUAGAGCACAGCUGAAAAGAGCGACUGAAAGAUACGGUCCUCCCAAUUCUAGCAAAAUAAGUCGUGCUACAUCUCAGCCUCUACUUAAUGAACUGGAACUGCUGCAAUCAGGCAACAAAGGCUUUGAUUGUUUGCAUUUAGGUAAUAUAGGUAACAUUGAUCAAGAAUUCAAGAGGAAUGUCAAGAAUGGCCUGCAAGGGAAUUCGUCAACAAGUGAUUCCCAUGAUGUCUCACAAAGAGUGGAACUUUCCUCCACGUCAGCUGCCGUUUGUGCAUCUAAUGGGGUUGAGGUUGAAGAUGAAUCUACUGGCGAAUCUCAACAAGGAAGCAGUAAACCUGAAACUGUGUCCAUUCCUGAAGAUUUCCUCUGUCCGAUUUCUCUUGAAAUCAUGAGAGAUCCUGUUAUUGUCUCUACAGGACAGACGUAUGAGCGCUCUUACAUACAAAGAUGGAUUGAUUCUGGUAAUAUGACGUGUCCAAAAACUCAGCAAAAGCUCCAACACUUAACUUUGACACCGAACUAUGUUUUAAGAAGCUUGAUUUAUCAAUGGUGUGCUAAGCACAACAUUGAGCAGCCAACUGCCUUAAUGACUGGUAAAAUUAAGAAGAGUGAUGGAUCAUUCGUUGAUGUAAGUGGAGAUAUUGCAGCGAUUCAGGCCAUUGUGCGUAAACUGUCUAGCAGGUCAGUGGAGGACCGCAGAGGCGCAGUUACAGAAAUCCGGUCCCUUUCUAAACGAAGUACAGAUAACAGAAUACUGAUAGCAGAAGCAGGAGCUAUACCUGUCCUUGUAAACCUAUUAACAAAUGAUGAUGCACUAACCCAAGAGAAUGCAGUUACAUCCAUUCUCAACCUCUCUAUUUAUGAAAAUAACAAGGAACUAAUAAUGCUUGCGGGGGCAAUCCCGUCCAUCGUUCAAGUCCUCCGAAAUGGGAGUAUGGAAGCGAGGGAGAAUGCAGCGGCUACCCUUUUUAGCUUGUCGCUUGCAGAUGAAAACAAAAUAAUAAUUGGUGCUUCAGGAGCGAUACCAGCAUUGGUAGAACUGCUCCAAAAUGGAAGUCCCAGAGGAAAGAAAGAUGCUGCUACAGCACUUUUCAAUUUGUGCAUAUAUCAGGGUAAUAAAGGCAGGGCUGUGAGAGCUGGUAUCAUUUCUCCAUUGAUGAAGAUGCUAACAGAUUCCAAUGGUACAAUGGUUGAUGAAGCUUUGACAAUACUUUCUGUUCUUGCUGGUCACCAAGAAGCUAAGAUCAUCAUUGUUAAGGCAUGCACUAUACCUGUUUUGAUUGAUCUUUUAAGAACAGGUCUCCCAAGGAACAAGGAGAACGCUGCUGCGAUUCUGCUUGCGUUGUGUAAGAGAGAUAUGGAGAAUCUUGGGAGUUUGAGUAGGCUAGGUGCUGCCAUUCCUUUAACAGAAAUUACUAAGAGUGGUACUGAGAGAGCAAAAAGAAAAGCCACUUCAUUAUUGGAAUUGUUAAGAAAGCUGCAGGAACAGCAUUAGGUUGUGUUGUGUCUUUUGCAACCUCAUUUUGUUCCUUUCUUUGUUGUUGUCAAUUAAUACAGGGUUUGAGUCGGGAUGUCGAAAGUGUGAGCUCUAUGCAUGAGAAUGAAAAGCUAUUCUCUUGCUGUUGUAUUUGUAUUUACUCCUUUUUACUCAGGUGACGCUGUGAAGGAAAUUCAAUUCAUCUGUUAUUUUGUAAUCAUUUGUUAUACGAAGCUAUUGCUUUCAUCUUUUAAUCAAUAAUUGUAGAUACAUUUUUUUUACUCUUUA